AUGAAAAGGCCAGCCACCCAAACAGAGGAUGGCUUCCACACACCAGAAGCCAAGCAAGGCUUGGUUUCAUCUGAUUUGGAUGGGGAGCCACUAGAGGACGGUGACACAAAAAGUGAAAGUGGCAACACCAAGGUAAGCUCAAAGGCCAAGGGCAAACCAAAGGGCAGCCCAAAGGCCAAGGGCAAACCAAAGGGCAGCCCAAAGGCCAAGGGCAAAGCCAAGGGCAAAGCCAAGGCUAGCCCAAAGGCAAAAACAAAGGGCAAACCAAAAGGAAAGCCAAAAGGCAACGGCAAGUCGAAGGGAAAAGGCAAGAAUAAGGAAACUGAAGAGAAAAAGGCUGGAGCUGGAGAGGCAGAAAAGUCAGAAAAGGACAAACAGUCUUUGAGACACAAGACUGAAAGUUGGAAGAGAGGAGUGUCGGCAGAACAGAAGGCAAAGGAAGAAAGCGAUGGUGAAGAUGAUGCAGAGAAAAGAGACUAUGCAAAAGCAAGAAAGUUCAAUAAACUUGUGAAGAAUGGAUCCUUGCCAGAAGGAGUGAUGCUGCUAGUCGACAGGGUGAGCAACUCAGAUGCACCAAGAAAGAACAAAACGGCCCUCAUCAAUGCCCUUUUCAAAAAGGAUGGUAAAGAUGGGGAGCUGACUUUGAACAUGUCUGGGCAGGCUUGGCAGAGCUUCAAGAGCAACUGGGUGAGCAAGGAAGAAAAAGAGAAGUUCACUGGGGAACCCAGGACAGUCUUUCUGUGGAAACACUUCAAUGGCAAUGAAGAGGCCUUGCAGAGGGCCAUCGACAAGAAAGAGGUGUUGAGCACCAAGAGGGGUGGCAUUGAGUACUUGUGCACACCUUCCUUCCAGAUGGUCAAGACCAAGGGAGAGAGCGACAAGACAAGCUUGGAAGCCAAUUGGAAGGUGGACAAAGAUGACUACUUGGCAAUGGCUUCAGCUUUUGCACAGUAUGGCUUGCAAGGUGACUCAGAUGAGGAGAAGAAAGGUUCUUCUUCCAGCAAGGGCAAAAGGGAACUUGAAGAUGCAGUUGACUUCAAAAAGUGCGAGAAGAUGCUGACAGAGGCCAAGUCAUGCCAAGACAGAAUGGAGAAGGACAUGUACAAGCUGAAGCCACGCAUCGAGACAGCCAAAGACAUGGAGAUGCUGGCACAGUUGAAGAAGCUGCUUACUUCUGUGGUUGCCCAAAAGAAGGAUGUGGAUUAUGUGCUGACAUGGCAGGAGUUGCCAGGCGAUGAUGGAGUGAAGCUGACACAUGCAAGCUUCAAGGCAUGGAUGCACCACCUAGCGACACAGACUGAGCAGAACCAAGAGGGCAUUGAAUCUCUGAAAGCAGUCCUCAAAGCAAGGAAGCUGUAG